AUGUCCGGCUUUCCUAGCCCACCCCAAGCUCUCACCCUCCUUACUAGCAGUCGUCUGCAAAUCCUCCUAUCCGCCUCCCUCAUCCUCGCCAUACUCGUCAUCCUUCUAAGCAUAAUACACACCAACUACACCAAGCGCCAGCAGUACGUAGAGACUGAACAAGAUGUAGUGUCCCGUAUCAAGCGCAACGCGCAAACCCUCCACCCAAAACUCUUCAACAUCGCUGUUUUGCUGAAGCACGGGCCUAGCGAAUUGGGAGGCAGCGAUACAUGGUGGGCUGCAGCUGUAUGUGGAUUUGAAGUGCCUUUUACGCAGCGUUUGGUGGGUGAGACGGGACCCGUGCGGCUUGAAUCGAAGACGGCCGCGCUGCGGAAUUUGGAUGAGUUACUUCAGGUUCAAUGCGACCGUGUGGAGAGGUAG